AUGAGUCUGUUGGAAAAUUACUGUCCUCAUGCAGUGACUGUGGGCCUGGGGCAGCACAGGAGCAGUAUAAAAGCUGUUCCAUCUCCUCACUCUCUCAUCCACUCCUCUCCUCCACACAAUCUCCUUCGGAACAAGGUGCAUCUGCAGCCCCAAGCCAUGUCCUGCUACACCCCGUGCCGGCCCUGCCAGCCCUGCGGCCCCACCCCGCUGGCCAACAGCUGCAACGAGCCCUGUGUCAGGCAGUGCCAGGACUCCACCGUGGCCAUCCAGCCCUCGCCCGUGGUGGUGACCCUGCCCGGCCCCAUCCUCAGCUCCUUCCCACAGAACACCGUGGUGGGAUCCUCCACCUCGGCUGCUGUUGGCAGCAUCCUCAGCUCUCAGGGAGUGCCCAUCAGCUCCGGGGGCUUUGGCCUCUCAGGCUUGGGCAGUGGCCUCUGUGGCAGGAGGUGCUUCCCCUGCUGA